UCGCAUCAGUUUUCUGUUUCUAUGAACUCAGUGUCAGUUAUUGCUUAUUAUUUUCAAAUUACCAGUUUAAGCUCCAUUAUGGCUCUCUCCCGAAAGGAAAUCAUAGCGAUAUUGCUCUUGAUUACGACACUGCUCAAUGUGCUGAAUGCCACCUACUUUGCGAACAUCGUGCAUCUUCACUCUAGUUAUGAGCAGGUGGCCCAUCAGGUCGUCUGCGUAGGCACCGCCUAUAUCUGUGUGAUUUACGCCUUGAGCACCUGGCUGUACCAUUCGAACUACCAUCGAUCCCGCCAGGAAAUGCGAUUUGUGCUUGCGACCAUGCUUCUGCUCAUGAUAGUCAGCCACUGCGUGUCCACUUACUUUUUCAGAGAGAAGAUGGCAUUCAAAGGGCUGUCAGAGUGCACUGAUUUGCGUUCCCUGUUCACGAGCAUGACGAAUGUCGCUAAAAUGAUUUCCCUGGUCUUGUCGAUCAUAUGCAUCCUGCUGCUGUGCGUGGCCCUGCUGAUGGUCCUCUUCAAGACUUGGAGGUCGCGUAAAAAGCGAGCAAAAGCCGAGUUUAAGGAAUCGGCCUAGAGGUGGAGGAAGUAACCUCUGGUGGCUGAGGGAGGGCGAGGGCCCAUUUAGUUUGGUUUUCAUGCCACACCAAACAUUCCUUGUCGCUGCAAUGUGCCGCAGCAGUGGCAAUAAUACAAAUAUUAUACUUCUUUGUCGUUUGGCACAGACAGACACGAACACCUCGCUCUCGAAGCUUCUCUGAAAAAAGAUUCUGUCUGUGUGCUCCCCUCGCAGGUGAUACAGAAAAUAUAAAAGGCGGCGAAAGAGUGAAUGCCCUGAUGCUGAAGAUUUAUAAAACCAUUCAUUAUAACAUUUUAUGAAUUUUUGAAAUAUAAAAUAUAUGUACUACUUUACCAUUUUA